GCUUUAUAUUUGAAUAAAAUCAUGAUUUUUAUUAGUGAUAAUUCGUGAUUUUUUUUUUGUUAUAUAGUUGUUUGAAUUGUGUUAUUAUAUAGAUAUUAUUUUAAAAUCAUCAAAAGGAUAACAAUUAUCAUACAAAAUGGAUAUAUAUUUGAAAUUGAUCUUGGCAUUGUGUAUGAUUGCACCAAAUUUUGCACAAUGGCGACCGUGUGUUGAAUUAAAAAGAGAUCUUCAUGUACCAUGCGAAUGUAAAAUUCCUCUGAAACGUCAAAAAACAAUUGAAAUGAAAUGUGACAGGGUUGUUUUUUCACGUGACACUGCAAAAGAAUUGAGAGGACAACCUAUUGUUGCAUUUAGUCAAAGAAGCGCAGGUUAUCGUAAUUUACCCGAAGAUGUUAUUAAUUUUCUUCCAUCAUUAGAAGAAUUGGAUCUCUCUGAAAAUUUAAUAUAUAGACUAAUGGAUCGAAUACUUCAGGGUCAGAGUCGAAUAAAAAAACUUUGGCUAGAAGGUAAUUUUCUUGGUGACAGUUUAAAUCCAAUUUUUUCAAGUAAUGAAUUUCAUGGAAUGUCAAAUUUGAUGCUGCUAAAUAUUAAUAGAAAUGGAAUAAAAAGCAUUGAAGAGGGUAUAUUUAAAGGUUGUAUCAACCUUCAAGAAUUAUAUUUGGCCAAUAAUAAUUUAACUUCUAUUCCAACGAAAUCUCUCAAGGGUCCAACAUCAUUGGCAAUUCUUUCACUAGCUGGAAAUAAUAUAGUUUCUCUACCUCGUGGUGCUUUUUCCACUCUGGAAUCUUUAUUUAAAUUAGAUCUUAGUCAUAAUGGAUUGUCUCAUAUGGAAGAUGGUGCCCUUAUUGGUAUGGAGAACUUACUCUACCUCAAUAUUGCUCACAAUGAUUUGUCACGAUUCAACAGUGAUGUCUUUAAAGGAGCAUACAAUCUACGGGAACUUGACCUAGCUGCAAACUUUCUCCACGAGUUUCCUACGGACGCUUUGAGACAUUUGGAUGAGUUGAAAUUUUUAAAUAUUUCUGACAACUUAAUAACAGAAAUACAACAAAAUCAUUUGUCCAGUAUGAACAAAUUGCAGGUAUUAGAUUUAAGUAGAAACUACAUAGGUCGUCUUGGAAUUAAUGCCUUCUCGAGUUUGUCAGCUCUUACAAAAUUAGACUUGAGUCUUAAUGCUCUGAGAACAAUUGAAGAAUCGGCUUUUGAAGGUCUAACAAAAUUAGAAUGGUUAUCAUUAGAGGACAAUAAUAUUCUUUUAAUUCCAUCAACAGCAUUAGCACGACUUCCUUCACUAACUCAUUUACAACUUGAAUUUAAUAGAAUUGCCGCUAUUUCCACUGAAUUAAUACGUCCAAUUGCAUCAAAUCUUCUUGUUCUUGGAUUAAAUCGUAAUCUUGUUCGUGAAAUUCCAUCAAGAAUUUUUCACAAUUUUGAACGUUUAGUUAGCAUUGAAUUAUCAGGCAAUAUUCUUUCAACAGUGACAUCAUUAACAUUUGCCGGUUUAGAAGAUACAUUAUUGAGUCUUGAUCUUUCUCAUAAUCGUUUAACAUCAAUUGGCGAGAAUUUAUCAUUAAAAAAUCUUCUCUAUUUAAAUUUAUCAUAUAAUCAAUUAAAACGUAUAUCACCAGAAAUAUUUCUUCAUUUAACAAAUUUAGUUACACUAAAUUUACGUAAUAAUCCACUAUACGGUGGAUUCCCACCAAUAUUUCCUCAAUCAUUAAGAAAACUCGAUGCCUCUUAUACUGGUUUAAAAAUAUUGCCAGCAAUAUUAUUUUUAAAUCUUCAUAAUUUAGAACAUAUUUCAUUAAUUGGUAAUAAAAUUAAAGAAAUAAAUGAGAAUACAUUUCAACAUUUGUAUAAUUUAACAUUUAUUGAUUUAUCUGAUAAUCAAAUUGAAUAUAUCGAUAGAAGUGCAUUUGUUGGUACAAUUAAUUUAUUUAAAUUAAAUUUAAAAGGAAAUAAAUUAACAUCAUUUGUUGGUGAACAUUUUAAUACGGGGACAAAUCUUCAAAUUUUAGAUUUAUCGAACAAUAAUAUUAAUCAAUUAUCAUUAACAUCAUUUGUCAUUCAUCCAAGAUUAAGGGAAUUAAAUCUCUCUGGCAAUAAAUUUAUUCAAUUUCCAAGUGAUUUUGUUAAAACACUACAAUUUUUGGAAAUAUUAAAUCUCUCCAAUAAUAUGUUGAACGUUAUUGAUGAAUUUGGAUUUUCACAGAUGUCUCGUCUACGAAUUUUGGAAUUAUCAAAUAAUCAAAUAGAAUCUGUUGAUGAGCUUGCAUUUCAUAAUUCAACACAAUUGCAAAUAAUUGAUCUCUCUGAUAAUAAUUUAGAAUCAUUGAGUGAACGUGCAUUGGAAGGUGUUCUUCGUUUAGAAUAUUUAAAUCUUGAAAAUAAUAAAUUAACAACACUUGCCGAGGCAAUAUUUGAUCAAUCAAGAAUAAGAUCAGUGGAAAAAAUUAAUUUAUCUAAAAAUAAAUUCACUGAAAUACCAACACGUACAUUAAAAAAACAAUCGUCAUCGCUUUAUUAUUUAAAUAUGGCAAAAAAUCGACUUGUUGAAGUAUUUUCACAGGAUAUUGUUGGUAAUGUAAAAAAUUUGGAUCUUUCGGAAAAUGCAUUAAGUGAAAAUGCUGUACGCAGUAUAUUGGGUGAUGCAAAAAUUUUACGUUCACUUAAUCUUGCACAAACUGGCAUUAAAAAUAUAGCACAUCUUGAAACGCCAUUUUUACGUUAUUUAAAUUUAUCUGGUAAUAUGAUUUUAAAUAUUAAACCAAUUGCAUUGGAACGUACAACAAUGUUGGAAAGUUUGGAUAUAUCAAAAAAUCGUUUAACUGAUUUUAACGAUAUGAUUGAUACAUUUAAAACACUUUCUGUACUUAAAAAUUUGGAUAUAUCGAGUAAUCCAAUAAAAACAAUAAAUGAAAGUAGCUUCGAAGGAUUGGAAAUGUUGCGUUCAUUGAAAAUGUCAAAUUUCACAAAUUGUACAAGAAUUGAAAAAAGUGCUUUUAAAAUGUUACAAAAUAAAUUACAAUUAUUGGAAGCUUAUGAUUAUCCAAGGCUGGGUUAUUUUGAUUUACAGGGCAUUUUAAAGGAAAUGAAAAAUUUGAAAGAAUUGGAUGUUGAAAUCAAGGAUUCAAUAAUUGGUAACGAGCAAUUGUCAAUUAAAAGUCAUCCUCGUCUUGAUAAAUUAACAUUAAGAGGAGAAAGAUUGCGUAGUAUACUUUCAAGUUCAUUGGCUGGAAUUCGUGUACCAAAUUUUUCACUAGGCUUAAAGAAUACAUCGAUAAAUUCUAUUCCACCGACACUUUUUUUUCCAGUUCCUAAAUCAACAAAAAUUAUAUUAGAUGUUGCCGGCAGUAAAUUACAAACAAUUCCAUCUCAAUUAAUAACUGCUUUAGAUGAACGUAGCGGUUCAAUUGAAUUAAAAGGAUUGGAUUCAAUAAAUUGUGAUUGUGAAAUUAAACCACUUUGGCGUUGGUUAAAAUCAAAAUCAAUUUCCAAAUCAAUAAAAUGCAAAACACCUGAUUAUAUUGCUAAUAAAAUACUUAUUGAUUUAACUGAAGAACAUUUGUCAUGCGAUCAAAUUGUAUCGAAGAAAAUUGAAACAACAGAAUUGACAACAACAUCAAUGAAAUCAACAACAUUUGAACCGGAAAUUAUUUGGACAGUUGCACCAACAAUUGAGGAAAAUCGUAAUAAACAUUAUAAUGGUGAUUCGGCAAUUAAUCCAACAAUUAUUAAUUCAGCUGGAACUGAUGAUACAUUAAUUAUAAGUAUUGUCGGUGGUGUUGUUGCAUUUAUUGCAAUUGUCAUUAUUAUUAUUUGUAUUUGCCGAUUACGUUGGAGUAGUCAAAUGAAUGAUGCACAUAUGGCAGCGGCAAUGGCAUCGAGUAUUCAUGAUGCAUCAAUGAUUCGACCAGGUAGUGUUGCAUAUUCGGGAAAAAUGGGCAAUCAAGAACUCUAUGUUGGCUCAUAUAAUGGAUCAACAUUAGGUCAUGGCAAUGGAUUAUCAGUACCAACAACACCAGUGCCAAUGUUGCCAUUCGUUCAACCAAUGCAAAUGGUUCAAAGUCCAGUUUCACCGCAACCAAUUUAUGGAUAUUAUGAUAAUCAACCGUUGCCCAUGUAUGUAACAUGUCCAUCGGAGAACAAAUUCGAUAGAUAAUUUUUUUUUUUUUUUCUUUUUUCAUUCAUAUUUAGAUUUUAAAUUUCUAAUUAUUAUUUGCCAAACAUUUUUUGGGAUUAAAUAAGCUCUAGAACAAAUUUUUUUUUAGAAUUAUCAUAUAAGGGACGCAUGGAUAAGGUCUAAAACAAAUUUAAUAAAAUUUUAAUCAGCAGAAUAUUAAUUUGCCAGAAAGUCAAUUUGGAUUGAAUUUUAAUUGGGCAGAAAAUCUAUUUGAUCGAAUUUUAAUUUGACAAAUUAAAUUUGACCGAAUUUAAAAUUUCCCGAAACAUGGUUUUAAUAGAAUAUUAAUAGUGCAGAAAAACAAUUUGACAGAAAUCUACUUUACCAAAAUGUAUAUUUGUUCGAAUAUUAAUUUUCCAGAAAGUUAAUUUGACCGAAAAUUAAUUUAUCAGAAUUCCAAUUUGAUCGAAUUUUAAUUUGCCAGAAAGUCAAUUUCAUUGAAUUUGAAUUUGGCGGAAAAAUAAUUUGAUCGAAAUUUUCAAUUUGUGCGAAAUGUUUUUUCAUAGAAUUUUAUAAUUUAGCAGAAAGGUAAUUUUUAAUAGAAUCUCCUAUAAUAUAGCAGAAUCAAAAAUUAGGCAGAAAUUUACCUUACCAGAAAGUAUAUAUUUAUUCAAACAUUAAUUUGCCAGAAACUCAAUUUCACCGAAAAUAAAUUUGACCGAAAUAUUUCGGCGCGAAUUUUAAAAAUUAACAAUUUUCUUAAUAAUUUCCUAUUGGUCAAUUUUAAAAUUUGCGCCGUAAUAUUUCGGUCAAAUUCAAUUUAUGACAAAUUAAAAUUCGAUCAAAUUGAUUUUCUGCCAAAUUAAAAUUCGAUUAAAUUGACUUUCUGGUAAAUUAAUAUUCUGCUGAUUACAAUUCUAUGAAAUAUAUAAUUUCUAAAAAAUUUGUUUUAGAGCUUAUUCAUGCGUUAGAAAUUUUAUACUAGAAUAUUACUUUUUGCAGAAUAUUAAAUUGUUAAAAUAUUAAUUUUACAGAAUUAUUUAUUAAACCGAUUGUCAAUGAAAAAAAUAAAAUAUUUAAUUUAUUCAAAUAAUAAUUAUUUAAUAAAUAUUUAUUUGAUAAUAGUCAAGUAUAUAACCGAUUAUUUGGAUUAAAUUAAUUUUUUAUUCGGAAAUUUUAUUUUUGAAAUUUAGCGUCAAAUUAUUUAUGUCAAAUUUAUUUUCGAUUACAUUUCAUUUUUUGAAUAAUAUUCGUUAGACGUUUUCGUCUAAAUAAAAUUUGUUUGCAAAAAUAAAAUAUUUGCAAUCGAUUUAAUGAAAAUUCUCUGCAAAUUUAUAAUAUUUAAAAAAAAUUUAAUAUUCUGCAAAAAUAAUAUAUUCU